AAGCUGCGCUGAUUCUCUCUCCCACACAGGCCUAUCACAUUGUUUUGCCCAUUUGGCAUCAAGACAUUGCGAUAUCUUCCACGCUGGUGCUUCUUCUCAAUCCUUUUCUCUCGCUUACCCACCUUGUGUAUUGCUCGCAUUCUGACUCUACGAGUUUUUCUGUGGGUUCUCGAGAAGGAUUUGAGCAAUGGCGGAAGCAGUUGCUGCCGGAGUGGGGGUGUCGAGAAUCGGUCUGGCUGGUUUGGCCGUCAUGGGCCAGAACCUAGCCCUGAACAUUGCGGAGAAGGGGUUCCCAAUAUCCGUGUACAAUCGGACGGACUCUAAGGUUGAUGAGACUGUGGAGCGGGCGAAGGAAGAGGGCGAUUUGCCUCUGGUUGGAUUCAAGGAUCCCAAGGAGUUUGUGUUGUCCAUCCAGAAACCCCGCUCCAUCAUCAUUCUGGUGAAAGCUGGCGCGCCUGUUGACCAGACCAUCCAGACUCUGUCGCAGUACAUGGAGCCUGGCGAUUGUAUCAUUGACGGAGGGAAUGAGUGGUACGAGAAUACCGAGAGGAGGGCGAAGCAGGUUGCUGAGAAAGGGCUGUUGUACUUGGGAAUGGGAGUCUCGGGUGGAGAGGAAGGAGCCCGUAAUGGACCUUCUAUGAUGCCCGGUGGCACAGAGGAGGCCUACCAUUAUAUCGAAGAUGUGGUCUCGAAGGUCGCCGCCCAAGUUGACGAUGGGCCGUGUGUGACAUAUGUAGGCCAAGGCGGGGCCGGAAACUACGUUAAAAUGAUUCACAAUGGAAUCGAAUAUGGUGACAUGCAGCUGAUCUCGGAGGCUUACGAUGUGUUGAAGUCAGUCGGAGGAUUGACAAAUGAAGAAUUGCAUGAGACUUUCGCUGAGUGGAAUGAAGGAGAACUGGAGAGUUUCCUGGUUGAAAUCACUCGUGACAUUUUCUCCGUCAAGGAUGACAAGGCUGAGGGAUUCCUUGUCGACAAAAUCCUCGACAAGACGGGCAUGAAAGGAACUGGGAAGUGGACCGUGCAGCAGGCCGCGGAGCUUUCCAUUGCGGCUCCCACCAUUGCUGCUUCACUUGAUUCUCGUUUCCUUUCAGGGUUGAAGGAGGAGCGCCUGGAAGCGGCACGUAUAUUCAAGGAAGCCGGAGUUGAUGAUAUCAUAGCUGUGAAGAACCUUGACAAGAAAGUGCUCGUCGAUGACGUUAGAAAGGCUCUAUAUGCCUCCAAAAUCUGUAGCUAUGCGCAAGGCAUGAACCUCAUCCGUGCCAAGAGCAUUGAGCAAGGCUGGAACCUUAACCUCGGUGAGCUCGCCCGCAUCUGGAAGGGAGGCUGCAUCAUCAGGGCCAAAUUUCUCGACCGCAUCAAAAAGGCUUACGACCGCAACCCUGAGCUCGCAUCUCUUCUGAUAGAUCCCGAAUUCACCAAGGAGAUGGUGGAAAGACAAUCUGCAUGGCGCCGAGUGGUGUCUCUGGCUAUUGAGGUCGGUGUGUCUACUCCCGGUAUGACUGCCAGUCUUGCAUACUUCGACACGUAUCGGAGAGGUCGCCUUCCAGCCAACCUCGUCCAAGCUCAACGGGACUACUUUGGUGCCCACACAUACGAGCGUAUUGAUAUGCCCGGAUCUUACCACACGGAGUGGUUUAAGAUUGCCAAGCAAUUCGUGAACUCCAAGACCCCUGUGAAGGCCUCGGCUUAGAUAAACUCCCAAGAUAUGAGUCAAUUCUCAAGUAUCCUCUGGUACUCCCUUCGAAGAGGUCCAUAAAUUAGGUGAGCUAUUCGCAUCUGUACAAUUAGAGGUGGUGGACCUGGUCUGGUCUUUAGCAAUUGGUUCUAGACAUCAAUCAAAUUUUGUACCUUUUGUCUGGGCAAGUUAUUAGUUAGGUGCUAGCUUUAUGUGGUGUUGUGAUGAGAAUCUGAUAAGGGAAUGAGAAUGGUUCGCUCUACCAUCAUUCGCAUUCAGCGUGCUGCGCACUCCAUCAUGACGUUUCAUUCAUGAUGGAUCCUCAAGUGCAUAGGUACUCUGGUAUGUAGCAUUUGAACAUUGUAUUGAAUUCUCAAUUGUAACCGAGCUUGUAACCGAACCUAUUGAAACACGUUUUGAAAUUUUACUGUUUUCUUUUCA